AAAGGGUUGGGCUAGGUGUUCAGAUCUCAAUGUAAAAAGGCUUGCUUCUCGCCGUUUAGGGUUUUACAUCUCUCUUUUCCCCCAAAACCAAAUUUCUCCGUCUCUCACAAAUUUCUCUCAGCCAUGACUGCUCAAUCUCAAGAAGAGCUCCUAGCCGCUCAUCUCGAACAACAGAAGCUUGAAUCAGAGGUACCAAUCAUCGAGGACGAAGAAGACGAUGAUGACGACGAUGACGAUGAGAAAGAUGAUGAUGACGCUGAAGAACUUGGAGAUGGUAGUGGCAGGUUGAAGCAGAGCAGGAGUGAGAAGAAGAGCCGAAAAGCUAUGCUAAAGCUAGGAAUGAAGCCAAUCCCAGGUGUCAGCCGUGUAACUGUCAAGAAGAGCAAAAAUAUACUAUUUGUCAUCUCAAAACCAGAUGUUUUCAAGAGCCCAAAUUCAGACACAUAUGUCAUAUUUGGUGAAGCAAAGAUUGAGGACUUGAGCUCACAAUUGCAGUCUCAAGCUGCAGAGCAGUUCAAGGCUCCUAAUCUAAGCAACGUUAUAUCAAAGCCAGAGCCAUCGACUGUGGCUCAGGAUGAUGAGGACGUUGAUGAGACUGGCGUAGAACCGAAGGAUAUAGAGCUGGUGAUGACUCAAGCAGGAGUUUCCAGAGCCAAAGCUGUCAAGGCUCUCAAGGCUGCAGAUGGCGAUAUAGUCUCUGCUAUCAUGGAGAUUACAAACUAGAAUGCUUUCCCAAUCUUCUGAGCAGUGCUUUCUUUGAAAGUAUUGAUGUCUCAAGAGUUUUAAAGGUUUUGAGUUGCUGCUCCUUUUUAUCUGUGUGUCCUGUUUAUCGUACCGUCUUAUCUGUCGUUGUAUACCAGAUUGGAUUGUUAUGUAAGAGAGAAAGUUUAAACUUAUGAUUGUCCCUUUCUGUCUUAACUAAAUCUUGU